AUGGCCGGGCCAAACCGGACAGGGGUGACCGACUUCCUCCUUGUGGGCUUCCCCUCCCGUCAAGACCUAAGUCUGCUCCUCUUCUCGCUCACGCUGCCCGUCUUUCUGCUGGGCCUGGUGGGGAACCUGGGCCUGGCGGUUCUGAUCUGGGUCGAGCGCUCCCUCCACACCCCCAUGUACUACUUCCUCAGCCACUUGGCGCUGCUGGACCUUUGCUCCUGCUGUGCCGUAGGCCCCAUCAUGCUGUGGGGUCUGCUGGCCGGCCAGGCCGCCCUCCCCGGCCCAGCCUGCGCCCUUCAGAUGUUCCUCUUCGCCACCGCGGGGGACGCCGAGUGUUGCCUGCUGGCCGUCAUGGCCUACGACCGCUAUGCCGCCGUCUGCCGCCCGCUCCACUACCAGGCCGCCGUGCCGCCCCGCCUCUGCCGCGGGCUGGUGCUGGGCUCCUACGCGGCCGGGGCGGCCAGCGGGGCUGUACACUCCGGCCUGGCCUUCCGCCUUCCCUUCUGCCGCGGCCGCGCCGUCAACAGCUUCUUCUGUGACAUCCCACCUGUGCUGGAGCUGGCCUGCGCCGACACCAGCCUCAACCAGGCCCUGCUGCUGGCCAUCUGCGGAGCCAUCCAGAGCGUCACCCUGCUGGCCAUCCUGGCCUCCUAUGGGCUCAUCCUCGGGGCCGUGGGGCGGGCGGGCUUGCGCCGGGCUGCCUCCACCUGCGGCUCCCACCUGGCAGCUGUGGCCGUGCUCUACGGGACCCUCAUCUUCAUGUACCUGCGGCCUGAAGGCAGCUACGCUCCCAAGGCCGACAAGAUGGCCGCUGCCUUCUAUACCGUGGUCAUCCCCACCCUCAACCCUGCCAUCUACAGCCUGCGCAAUGCUGAUGUCAAGGCAGCCCUGGCCACGUGGCUCCUGGGCGGGCGCCGCAUCUGGGGGGGCUGA